CCCACUCCGCCCUUCCCCCAACAUGAACGGCCGGGCUAGCUUGAGCGGCAAGCCCUACAGCGCGGGGGUGCGCAUCGCCAACUGGAACGAGGACACGUACUUAGAGGAGGACCUCUUGAAAGAUUUUUUGUAUAAAAGAGAAAAAGGAGAACUUCUAAUACAGAAAUCAAAGAGACUUAAAAAUAAUCUUUUAAAGCAGAUGCAACUAUCAGUUUCGAAAGAUGGAUUUGUUCACUUUGGAGACACUGUGAUGCUUUUGAGCCCUGAAAACAACAAAUCACCUACGGAGAAUUACCCUGCAGCGUGUGGCAAUCUAACUUUGGCCGUUAAUCCAGAUGAUAUAACAGUACAUACAUCUGAGUCAUUGCAAGUCCCCUGUGGAUUGAGUGCAGUGAAAAGUGUGAACCCUGUUGGUCGAAAUGCAUUUCGUAUCCUAAGUGUUGAAGGAAAUUCGAUGGGUGAACCCAUUAGAUUUGGGCAGAAUUUUGGUCUUGGGGCAACAGGCGGUUUUACCGAUCAAAUGUUAUAUCUUGCAAGUGACCAUAAAUCAUUUAUGAGAUUUGCUAAAAAAUCAUACCUUCAGCAAGUGUUUUUGACAGAUGAGCUCUCCUAUCUGACUUGCUGGCAAGCUACCUUUUUGGAUCCACAGCUGCGUCUUGAAUAUGAAGGAUUUCCAGUUCCUGCAAAUACUAAAGUCCUUAUCACUCAUUGCCAUACAAAUCGGGGUUUAGCAGUUCCUAGGAACUAUUGGAUAAGGUCAUACUUUGGAAAGGAAUAUGAAGUCAUUUGUCACACCUAUCUGGAUUCCCAUAAAGCUGAAGAAGAUAAGAAUUACUGGAUAAUAGUAACUGCGAAUCCCAGUGAUGAUGGAAUUACUAUGUUUGACAGACCUAAGCCUCCCUCAGAGGAGACCAGAGAGAGAGAGAAGAAUGAACUUUAUGCAGGAACAUAGGAUGUAAUAGUCCAAGGUCAAAAACUUUCAUUUUAUUUAUGCUUUUACAAAAUGGAAAUUCUAAUUUUGAUGAUAAUUAGAGCUUUGAGUGCACUUCACACUUUCUCUACUCACAUUUUAUUUUUAACCCUAGAUUCAUUUAUUUUAUAAGCAGUUAUGAAAAUCUGCCAUUAAUUACACUGGGAAACCUCAUUGAAGUCAGUGGGGUUUCACUUAAAUGUAACUGAAGACAGAAUUUGGUCAAUAAAACUGGUGAUCCAUAUACAAGCUCAGCUCCAGGAGUUUUCUUAACCAAGCAAGGCUUGAUUUUUCCCAUUUUGAUAUUCACUGAUGGUAACAGAUGUGUCAGAAAUUAGUAACACUAAUGGCUUUUCCUUAACAGUCCUAAGAACUUAUUUAACUACUUCUUUCAAAAUAACCCACUGUCUCCUUUUUAGGGAUAAUGGAUAUAUGGUAGUUUCCAAAACAUUAAAAGCCAAAGGCAUGCCAGCUUAUCAUUGGAAUCUUCGACACUUAAAGACCAACUCAGAGAACCUUAUGUCAAUUGAACUCACUUUUUCCUCUGGCUAGCACAGCAUUGCCAUUUUGGAUGUUGAGUCUUUAGGAAUCAUGUAUUCAAGCUUUUCUCCAGAAUUACAAGGCUGGGAUGGAUGAGCAGCAGCACUCUGACAGGCUAUUGGUGUACAACAAGGGAAGGAAAUUUUUGUCCAAAGGUACCAAGACAAAUCUCUAUUCUUAUAAAAAUGGCGAGGAAUCUUUAAUGUCCAAGCAAUUCAGAUAAGCCCUUGGUUUUUAAAGUUUUACCAAAAUAAGUUUCAAGGAACUCUGCAAGGGCUGAUUUGACCCUGUCAUGAUUCCGAGCUGUAUUUCUAGAGUCUGUCUGAUUCAAACCCAGUGCCUAGGACUUUUGAACCACUGCCUGCAUCCAAUAUAAAUGAUCAAAUUCUUCUUCCUGGAGAACAAGAAAUAAAGACAAAAAAUUAUGAAAGUAAGAAAAACUGAUCAUCCAUUUGCUUGCUGCAAAGCUGAAAAACUACUGAUGUUUGUGUACAAAUCUAUUGGUCUACAGUACCUAGUGAGUUUCUGUUAUAUACAGUAGUUAAUUCCAGUCCUUGUAGGUACAGUGAUAACUUUAAAAAGAAAGUAAAUAAAAAUAAGCACUGACUGAA